AACUCAAAGUUGUCAUUGCGAUAGGGUGUUUCGUCGCGAGUCGCAUUUAGCCUGGCAACCCAUGCAUGUGUCAGCCACCAGAACACGAUUGAUAAGAUUAGAUGGAGAUCGGCAGUGACGCCAUGCGAGCACUGUCACACCUCAUAGCUCUGGAGAGCUCUCCAGCUCCAGCUUUCACACCAACACAUUGCAAGAAGUGAAGUUUGCUGGUUGAUGAAGCUUCUCGCAAGUAAUGAGAAGCUUAGUGGCGCCAUGGCCGACGAACGCACGCCUCUUGUCCAGACGGUCGAUGUCCGACCUCACCGCGACCGCUACCCGCACCACCGACUCCGCUUCGUGUGCACCACCGCCCUGACCGCCGUCAUACUCGUUGGAACUUUCGUUGCAGCUUCGGUCUUCAUAUUUGCCCCCCUCGACGACGGUUCUGAUACAGAAUCCAAGGGGUCCAUCUACUCGCCUUUCGCCGCGUCCCAAAUACCCGAUGGCUGGGGGCGUUCGACAGGCUUGGAAUACGAUGCCCUCCAGAGCAUUCUGCUUGGGACCCCAGACGCAGAUAAGGCACGUGAAUGGAGCAGAUACUACACGAGUGGACCCCAUCUCGCAGGUAAGAACAUAAGCCAGGCGCUGUGGACUAAGGAGCGCUGGCUGGACUUUGGCAUUGCGAACACGGAGAUUAUCGAUUAUGACGUCUACGUCAACUAUCCCAAGGGCCAUCGACUGGCCUUGCUGGAGAAGAGCAAGAGCGACACGGAGAAGAAGGCCGAGUUGGGGAAUAAAGGGUGGCAGGUCAAGUAUGAAGCGAGUCUGGAAGAAGACGUGCUGGAAGAAGACAAGUCGAGCCAGCUUGCAGACAGGGUGCCCACCUUCCAUGGCUAUAGUGCCUCGGGCAAUGUCACGGCACCCUACGUCUUCGUCAACUAUGGCACCUACAAGGACUUUGAGGACUUGCAAGCCGCAAACAUCAGUUUGACGGGCAAGAUUGCGCUGGCAAAGUAUGGCGGCGUCUUCCGCGGUCUGAAGGUUAAGCGCGCCCAGGAAAUGGGCAUGGUUGGCAUCGUCAUGUACACCGAUCCUGGUGACGAUGGGUCGGUCACCGAGAAGAACGGCAAUGCGUCGUAUCCUGAGGGACCGGCGAGGAACCCGAGUAGUGUACAGCGAGGCAGUGUCCAGUUUCUGAGUUUCGCGCCAGGCGACCCAACAACGCCCGGAUAUCCUUCCAAGCCCGGUGCACCUCGCGUGCCCGUUGACCACGCCAUACCCCACAUCCCUUCGUUGCCCAUCUCAUACCAAGAUGCGCUUCCACUAUUGAAAUCUCUCAACGGACAUGGACCCAAAGCCUCUUCCCUUAACAAGGACUGGCAAGGUGGUGGUCUCGACUACAAGGGCGUCACAUACAAUAUCGGCCCUUCGCCUGACCAUCUCGUUCUCAACCUUGUCAACGAGCAAGAGUACGUUACAACACCGAUGUGGAAUGUCAUUGGUAUAAUCAACGGCACCAUUCCCGACGAGGUGGUUAUCAUGGGCAACCAUCGCGACGCUUGGAUUGCUGGUGGCGCUGGAGACCCCAACAGUGGCUCGGCGGCUUUCAACGAAGUCAUCAGGGGUUUCGGCCUGGCUGUCCAAGCGGGGUGGAAGCCAGCGAGGACUAUCGUGUUUGCCAGCUGGGAUGGCGAGGAGUAUGGCCUAAUUGGCAGCACGGAGUGGGUCGAAGAAUAUCUCCCGUGGCUCUCUGCCUCUGCCGUCGCAUAUCUCAACGUCGAUGUCGGUUCAGUGGGCCCGCACUUCAAGCUCAACUCCGCACCACUCCUCAACAAGGUAGUUGAAGAAGCUCUCCACCUCGUACCAUCGCCCAACCAAACUAUUCCUGGCCAAUCCGUCUACACUGCUUGGGACAAACACAUCUCGACCAUGGGCUCCGGCUCCGACUUCACCGCUUUCCAAGACUUCGCCGGCAUCCCUUCCGCCGACAUGGGUUUCAGCAGCGGUUUGGACUGCCCAGUCUACCACUACCACAGCAAUUACGACUCCUUCGACUGGAUGGAGCGGUUUGGCGACCCGAGCUUCCAACACCACGCCACCAUCGCAAAGGUAUGGGGAUUAGUAGCCGCCCGCCUAGUCGAAACGCCCGUCCUGCAACUAAACGCCACCGAGUACGCGCUGGGCCUUGGUCGGUACGUCGACUCCGUCAUACAAAAAGCCAAAGACUUGGGAUACACCCCUCUCUCUUCCUCCAACAAAAAAGACGUCUUCGCCCCGCUCACAGCAGCGACAUCCCACUUCCUCUUCGCGGCCCGCGUCCAUGACGCUCUCGCCGCCUCCCUCCUCGACCAAUACUACAACAACGAUAUCCCUUGGUGGAAGCCCUGGGAAAAGGUCAAACUGUACCUUGCUAUUCGCGCAGUUAAUACCAAGUACAAGCUCCUAGAGAGGCAGUUUUUGUACGCUGGGGGUCUCGAUGGCAGGCCCUGGUUCAAGCAUGUUGUUUUUGCCCCGGGCAAGUGGACCGGAUAUGCUGGGGCGACGUUCCCGGGCAUUGUCGAGGGGAUUGAUGAGCGUGAUGAUGGGACGGUGGGGAAGUGGAUUGGUAUUGCGGCGAGCGCUGUGGGACAGGCUGCGGAUUGGCUGGAGGAAUAGAUGAUGACAACGUUUUCUGGAGUCGGAAGAAUGUACGCAAAGAUAUGAAGGUUAAUGAAGAGGCGUUACAUGUAUCUGUCAUUUAUUCAUGUGUUCCUC